AACCAUAGACCGAACCUACGUUCAUCCUCCUCGUCAACACAACGCUAUUCACCGCUAGGUAUUUAACAAAAGAACUCUUCAAUCUGCAAGACACAGAGAGGGAAGGAGAAUGAGGGGCUUAGGAAGACUGAUUCUCCGAGCUCGAAGAAUUCCAUUAAUGGCUUUUCACGGAGGUGGGAAGACUCGAUUCUUCUCAGCCGCAACAACUUCUUCCAUGUUCGGCGGUGAAGAAGCUGCUUCCUGUUCUAUAUCGUCUAGAAAUUGCUCCAAUUCUUACUUGCGCUCAUGGAAAUCGAAUCAAUUCGGAGGACAGAGGAGAACGAUGUUCAUCCAAACUCAAUCAACACCCAAUCCUUCGUCUCUCAUGUUCUAUCCUGGAAAACCUGUUAUGGAAGUUGGGAGUGCUGAUUUUCCUAACGCGCGUUCUGCUAUGAACUCCCCCCUAGCAAAGGCCCUUUAUGGUGUCGAUGGUGUUGUUCGAGUCUUCUUUGGAUCAGAUUUUGUUACUGUAACAAAAUCAAAUGAUGCUUCUUGGGAUUUCCUAAAGCCUGAAAUUUUUGCUGCAAUCAUGGACUUCUAUUCUUCUGGGCAACCACUGUUUCUAGACUCUAAAACUGCUGCUGCCAUGGACACAGCCAUCAAAGAAGAUGAUUCUGAAACUGUUGCUAUGAUUAAAGAGCUGCUUGAGACUCGUAUUCGACCGGCAGUGCAAGAUGAUGGUGGAGAUAUUGAAUACAGGGGAUACAACGAAGAAACUGGAAUUGUCAAAUUGAGAAUGCAAGGAGCAUGCAGUGGCUGCCCAAGCUCAUCCGUCACUCUAAAAUCUGGCAUUGAAAAUAUGUUGAUGCAUUAUGUACCUGAGGUGAAGGGCGUGGAACAAGAAUUUGACCUUGACGAAGAGGAUGUAAAGUCAACCAGCCAGAUGGAGUAAAGAAUGAGUUGGUCUAUUCAUUCCAUCAUUCCAUGUUAUAUUGAGCCACAUCAAUGAUCUUGAGGAUUAUACCGUAUGGGUUAGUUGUUUCAUUCUUUGUUAGGUUGAGCCAGAACACUGAUCUCGAGGGUGACCAGAUCAUGCGAGUACUUGUUUUUGUGCAGAGAAUAAAAAGGCCGUUGAGGUCGAAUUAUUUCAUGGUUUAUAGAGCAGAGUACCAUGUAACUUUUAUUCCUAGCUAAGAAAAGAAGUCUGUGAAUAUUGAACCGUAACUGGGAUUUCAAAGGCUUAACAUAUUUUGGACAUGACAAACGUAUAUGAUAAUGUAAGAGAGAUUCGAUUGUUCAUUUAAUAAUAGUAUUUUUGUUCUAUGUAUUGCAAUGUCA